CAGACACAGGGACAGAGAUGUGAGGCCCCAGGCCUUGCACAUGAGGAGGAGAAUCAGGAACUUCACCCCGUCGACCCCCAGCAUGAGACAAACCAACCCACCUGGACAGGGCCAAUGCUCCAGCCUGGAGUCUGCGCUGGCCGGUGUUCACCACCUCUCAUCCCCCACUGCUGUGUGCCCUGGCCCUCACCAUACCCCAUCCCUCACCCCCAUCUGCCCUGGUCCUCCCCAGCUCCCAGCCCCCACCAUGUCUGCUCUGGCCCUUGCCACCUUCCAUCCUGGUCCCCCAUCUGCCCCACCCCUCCUGGCUCAGCCCCACAAUAUUUCCUUUCAAGGCAAUAUUGAAUGAAUUAGCUGAGUCCCACCUCCCCUGCCACUGGCCUGGUCACGGGGACAGCAGGAGUGGGCACCGUCCCUCUGCAGCAUGGGGGGGGUGGGUGGAAAGAAUGGGGCUAUAAGAAGAGGGGCUGGGAGCUGAGAGCCCAUCACUGGGGAUCCGGUAUGAGCAUCUGUCAGUGAGUGACGGCACCUCCUACUCCUGCCCCAUGGAAACCAUGGUGUCGGGACGGAUGCCCAGGGCUGGACUCCUGCUGCUGCCACUUCUCCUCUGCUUCGGGCCAGAGACUGUCGGGAGCAUCAACCCGGCCGCGCUCAGAGAGACUGUGGAUCAUGUAGAUAAGGAUGGGUUGGCUGUUCAAUACGCCUUCGCCGUCAGCCUGCAGAAAGCCAGUUGUGAGAACCCAUCUGGUCUGGAACAGGUGCUGCGCAGGAACAAGCUGUGGGACAUGCAGACGGCCAACAACCCAGAGGGUGUCCUGUACGACCCAGACGAAGGGCCCAUUGUGGCUGCCCGGAUGCAGCGCCUGGGCAGGGCGGGGGAACACACCAAAUGGCGCCUGCUCCAGGGCGACCAGAACAGCCCCAUGCAGAAGCUCCUGGCCCGGACCUACAACGAGAGAAGCUGCCUGAUCUUCUUCACCGUCCGCUCGCCCUGUGAGGGGACGUGCCUGCUGGUGAAGAGACCCCACAACAUCCUACGGAUGGUGAGCGACACCUUCCGCCCCAUCGACCACAACUACAAGGCCUUCAUCUUCCGGCAGAUCUACCGUCAGGACCGGAACCUGGAUCCCCAAAGCCUGCUGGAGGCCUGGCACCAGCUACCCAACGUGCCCCUGCUGCGCUGUGACACCAACGGCUGCAGGGACUGCAGAGGGAACGACCCCAAAACCGACCCCAACACCUGCCUGGAUGAGAUUCGAGCCAUGAGGCAGCCGCUGCACCCAUCUGGCAGGGGGCAGAAGGAAGAGCAGGGGGCAGAGGGGAGAGCAGAGGAUGUAGGGGAGAGCAGGGGGCACCUUUGGAGGGUUGGGGAGAUGGUGGGUCAGGGGGCACCAUUGGAGGGCUGGGGGGACAGCAGGGCAGAAGACGACAUCGUAACAUUGGGGGGAUGGCAGGACAUUGCGCGUCUUCAGAGGCGUUGGUCCCCUCAGCAGCCUAAGUGGCCCCCUCAGAGGCCUUGGCCCCCUCAGCGGCCUAAGUGGCCCCCUCAGCGGCCUUGGCCCCCUCAGCGGCCUAAGUGGCCCCCUCAGAGGCCUUGGCCCCCUCAGCAGCCUAAGUGGCCCCCUCAGAGGCGGGGGUAACGGCAGGGUUGUGGGUGCUGCAGGAGGGUUGGGGGCAUGGCAGGCCAGGGG